AUGUCGGUAUGCUCAGCCCUACUGAACCGCCGUGUAGCUGGAGGCUGCUGCAGGGUGUUGUGUGGUGUUCCUCCACCGUUCGUCCACAUCAGAUCAGCCAGUGUAGCUGAGUCGGGCACAAGAAGAUCUGAUGAAGAACAACUCUGGCAGGAAGCAGGGUACCUGCCGUUCUCCAGAGCCAAGAUAGGAUCUUUCUUUCAGCAAAGGCCAGUGCUGAAGAACCCAUUUCUAGAGGAUGCCUUGCUCAGAGGAUACCUGAGAAGACACCUGCCCCAGGAGGCAGCUUCCUCAGACUUGUGUGCAUUUGGAGAGCGCGUGGCAAAUGAGGUGGAUGGAUGGGGCCGUGAGUGUGAGGUUACUCCUCCACAGUUGGUGCACUUUGACCCCUGGGGUCGCAGAGUUGACCACAUCAUGACCUCCCCGGCCUGGAAACGCAUGAAAGACCUGUCGGCACAGGAAGGACUGGUUGCCAUCGGAUAUGAGAAGUCAUUUGGAGAGUGGAGUCGUGUGUACCAAAUGAGCAAGUUGUACAUCUUCUCUCCCUCGUCUGGUCUCUACACCUGUCCUCUGGCCAUGACUGAUGGAGCUGCUAAAGUCAUCCAGUCUAUAGGUGUUUCAUGGCCAGUAGAUGAAGCCUACAGUCGUUUGACCACCCGUCAGCCUGAGCGUUUCUGGACAUCUGGACAGUGGAUGACGGAAAGACAGGGAGGAUCUGACGUGGCCAGUGGCACAGAGACGGUGGCUGUUCCCCAGACAGACGGUUCAUACAAACUACACGGCUUCAAGUGGUUCACCUCUGCUACGGACGCAGACAUGACUUUCACACUGGCCAGGGUGCAGGACCGAACAGGAGCAACCACACCGGGCAGCAGGGGUUUGUCUUUGUUCUACGCAGAGGUGAAUAGAGAUGAGGAUGGCCGGCUGAAGGGUGUAGAGGUUCAGAGACUGAAGGACAAGCUGGGCACAAGACAGAUGCCGACUGCUGAGUUACUGCUGGACGGCCUGCCGGCACACAGGUUCUCAGAGGAAGGGAGAGGUGUGGCCUCCAUAGCUAACAUGCUGACUAUAACCAGGAUACACAACAGCGUCUGUGCAGCAGCUGCAAUGAGAAGGGUGGUCCAGUUAGCCCGUGACUAUGCCACUCACCGCACUGCCUUUGGAAAGCUUCUUAAAGACCACCCGCUGCACAUACAGACUCUCGCUAGGAUGGAGGUGGAGACUCGUGGAGCGUUCCUUCUGGUGAUGGAUGUGUGUCGUCUGUUGGGCCGAGAGGAAAGCGGCAUGGCGACCCAGCUUGAUGCACACCUGCUGCGUCUGCUCACUCCUGUGGUCAAACUGUACACUGGGAAGCAGGCGGUGGCUGUGGUGUCGGAGGGUUUGGAAAGCUUCGGUGGACAGGGCUACAUCGAGGAUACAGGGUUGCCUGGACUACUUCGCGAUGCACAGGUGUUGAGUAUAUGGGAAGGUACAACAAAUGUUCUGUCUCUGGACGUGCUGCGCUGUGUGGCUCGUAGCUCAGGAAUGGUUCUUCACGCUUAUUUCACCCAUGCCAAGUCCCUGCUUGCAGGUGCAUCGAGUGUUUCCACAUUGGCCCCGGCGGUGAAAGCAGUAGAUGGUGCUCUCUCUGAACUGGAGGACUUUGUUCAGGUAGCAGCUACGAAAGCACCUGGAUACCUGGAACUAGCAGCCAGAGACUUGGCAUACAGCCUGGCUCGCAUCUACAUAGGUGCCCUUCUCAUUGACCAUGCAUGUUGGAAAGGAGCCUCUUCAUCUGACACCUAUGCAGCUCUCAGGUGGUGUGAACACGACUUGUGUCCUGUGGCGACUAAACAGGCGAGAGGCUGCUAUGAUCUCAGCACAGCACCACUCGAUGCUGCACUGGUGUAUGACCAGCCGAUCCAAGGCUGAAGGUUCACUGACCAUGGAUUAACCUCUUUGAUUCUGCAGCAGAUCUAGUUAUUGUAUCCCACAUUUUAUUUAAUAUUGUAGAGUGAGACUAUGUUUUAUUGAAAAAAACUAAACCCCACUUCUGUAUAAGCACAGCAAUCAAACUGAAAAUUGAUUUUCUAAUACAAUGACCUCCUGUCUAAUGUGAUUUUGGUAUUUUUGAUAUUUACUUCUAUAUAUAAAGUAUCUGCAAUAUAUAUUUUUAUCUGCAAUACAUAUGGAAAUAUAGAUUCACAUUUUUGCAGUAUACAAAUGAUUUUUGAAGCCUGGAUGUGUGAAGUGGAUAUUUUAAAUAUGUCCCCAGGUUUUUCACAUUCAAAGUCAUGACUCCUCUCAUAGUUAUUAGACUUUUGAGGCGAGAGUCAGCAAAGAUAAACAGACCACAAAUUAUCUAGAUCAGGUCAGAAAGCAAGAGGGAGUUUUACAUAAAGUACAUGCUGCCUUCAGAACUGUUGGAAAAAUUGAACGUGUGAACUCCUAAUCUAUUUUUUUUUAAUAGUUUUUGGAGUUUGCAGUUUUGCACAAUUUAUACACCAGCUAAUUAUUUUAAACAACACUAGGAUUAAUUAUCUUGUAUGUUUAGUGUAUCACUGGGUUUUAUUGUUGCCAAACUAUAUCUGAAAUGAAAUGAGGGCAAAGCAUGCAUAACAAUGCUACCAAGUGAUUCACAGUAGCCCUUUUGGAAAUCAUUUCAGAAAUAUAAAUUAAAUAAAUACAUUAAUAAAGAAUAUGUAAAACAUA